AUGCUGAGAAUCAUCUUGAGACUUCUUGGGACAUUUGUGGCCGUUCACCUGGCCGAUGAGGCUAAUGGAGAUCAGUUCGUUGACGUGAACAAUUUAUCGAGCGACUUGAAGAGUGAUCUCGGCUCGGAUGCUGAAGAUUUUCAGAAACUCAGAAAUCGAUUUCAUUCUCGAGAGCCGUGUCCGCAUGCUGAGAAUCCCGUU